CGGAACUAGCAGCCUGCUCGUGACAAGGCCGAGAGUAUUUACAGCUGGGAAGAAGCCUAGAUUUUGGCUGGAUUUUUGAUCAUUAAUUUCCUAUGAAGUCACUGGCGUAAACAGCGACGGGGCAGAGACACGGCUGGCACGAACACAGCACCAGUAACCAACCACAGAGUCGCUAUGACGAUACCAAUCGAAGCCAUAUACAAUAGAAACAGGUUUCCAAGUGGACCAUAUCUUCUUUUCCUCCUCCUGUACACCCCACUAGGUCUCGUAAUCUUCGUGCUGCGAGUGUUUAUAUCCCUACAGUUGUUUGUAGCGUCAUCCAUUCUCCCCCAGAACACAGUCAUAAGAAGGGUUGUGUUGCGGGUACUUUAUUCAGUCCUAGGGUUGGUGGUGCAGGAGGAGGAUGUGGAAAAGAAAGAUCAUAGUUGCCGCAUCAUAACAACCAACCACAUCACACCCUUCGAUCACCUGGCAGUCUCCAUGGUUAUGCCCUGUGUCACGCCAAGUGUAUAUGACUUGCCCAGUGUUCUCUCUUCGCUGCUUUGCUACCGUGACCUGGGAGUGACGCAAGGCCGCGAAGCUCUCAGAGCAAAUGCUCGCUCCUACCUCAGUGAAAGCAGCAACCCUCCUCUGCUCCUCCACCCCGAGGGAGCCACCACAAGCGGGGAGUUGGCCCUCAUGAAGUUUGGAUCUUGGGCCUUUGAAUUCAACGGAUCAGUAUUAGUGGCUGGCAUCCGGGUGUGGCGUCUCCCCCUCUUACCCGUGGCACCCUCAGUCCUAGGGGCGUCAUGGGUCGCCGACCUCUGCUUCAUGUUCUUCUCACCUGUGACUGUGUUCACCAUCAAAUAUAUAGGAAACAUGAGAAGAGGAGAAAGUGAGUCAGCAGAGGAAUUUGCUGCCCGCGUGCAAGUUGCUUCAGCAGCUUCCCUGUCUGUGAAGACAACAAAUCAUACGGUUGCAGACAAGGUGGAAUUUAUGAAGAGGCUGGCCAGGGAAGCUGCAGCCAACCCCAUGCUCAGUCCUGAGGUGCACAUCAUGGCCCAGCAGGUGCAGGAGGUGCUACCCCACAUUUCCCUGGACCAGAUUAAGCGUGAUUUAGUGCGUACGCAGAAUGUCGACCAGACAAUUACCAACUUCCUUGAGGGCAACGUGCCAGAGCCCAUUCCCGAGCCUCGCCCUGCCACCCCCAGCCCUGCAGCCUCCAGCCCUACCCCCCCGCCAGCCACACCCACCACCACUCACCCCCAUACUUCAUCGCCCACAAAUAGCGCUUCUAAGUCGACGCUGGAGACGGCCACCUCUCUUGCAGGUUCAUCGGAGGCUAACGUUUCCCUGAAUACAGCAGCAAAAUCCUUUGGAAAGUCAGCAACAGAGAGAAUGACAUCUUUCCAGACGAGAAAAGCACAGCUCAUAGAGAAUGCGAGGAGAAAGUAUAUUGAAAAGCAUGGCUUACAGUUGCCCAGAAAUGAUUGCUGACAGAUUAUAUGUUAAGUUUUUUUCUCGCUCUUCUUUUUCACCCCGAUGCCCCUCCUUUUUUUUUUGUUGAUGAGUGGAGUUAAGCUGUAUCAGCCAUUUCUUAAGGGAGUCAGGAAGUUUGCUCAGAACUUUGGUCAUGUUGGAAUAUAGAUUUGAGUGAUAGUUCUGCUAAUGUACUCUGUGAUUCUUACCUUCAUAAGGGUCUGUUUGUGUAUAACUAAUUUUUUUUCAUGUAGUGGUACAUUUAUAAGUUUUUUUGUUUUUUUCUAUCUCUUUUUCUUUCUUUCUUUCUUUCUUUCUUGUUAGAUAUAUUAAGAAUUCAGCAAGGUCACUGGAUUUGUUAUUUAGAAGUUAGUGGUAAUGUGUGAUUCAUGACUAACUGUUCUAUGUUAUUUAAAAUUGUUACAAACCUUCUAUUCUAUUGUACUUUACUCCGUUUCCAAGGAUUGGAUUACAUAAUUACGUUCAACAAAUAGAAGACAAAUCCUUUUAUUUCUGUAUAAAGAAAAGCUAAUCUCAGUUGAUAUUUAUUAUUACCAAAAACUGCAGGAGUUAAUGUCGUAAUUUGGGCUAGACAUUCCUCUCUUUUCUUUCAUUGUUUUUGUAGUUUCCCAACAGUCUUUCAUGAAAGCAGAUUUCAUUAUUAUUAUUGUUGUAAUUAUUAUUAUUAUUAUCAUCGUUAUUAUUGUUAUUUAUUAUCACUAUCUCAGUAAUCAAAUUUUUUCUGCGUGUCAAAUAGACAUUUAUAUUUAUUAUAAGUGUUUUGAAUAUUAAGGAUUUUAGAUACUCUGUAUGAGCUAGAUACUGGACCUGAGAACAUGAAUAAUACUUGAAUGGAAUAGUUUGGUGUAUAAUACAGAUUUUUCACCUUUAUUCUUUAUGUACAUUUAUGUUUUGUUUGAAUAUAUAUAAGAUUAUCCACUCAUGGAAAGUCUGGAAGCGGAAGGUCUGAUUACGAGUUGAAGAGAAAGAAAUGUAUUGGAAAUAAAAUACAGGUUUGUGUGAAAGGCAGUGUUAAUGCGAGGGAAGUGAGAGGAGGUUGUUGUGUUGGUCUUGUCUCUAUAUAUUUGAAAAAAAAGAAAAAAAAAGACUACAAAAAUAUUACAAGUGUGUGUUUUAUGUGACCUUUAUUUAUUUACUGAUUUUUUUAUUUGUUUGUUUUUAUAUAUUUUUUUUUUUUCCAGUGAAUCUGUGAAUGGAAGAAGUGGAAAGCUUUGGUGGAGAUGGUGUUAAGUACAGUACAAAGAGUUGAUAAACAGAAUUUAAUAAAGAUGACAAAAGACAGGUA